AUGAACCCGCCUUCACCCCUUGUGGCCGACGGUCCCAUCCUCGGCCUCGCCGACCGAGAGAACCCUGCUGUGCCACCCGGCACACCCCGAGUGGAGAUGCCUGGUCGACAAAGCACCCUGGAAGAUAGGAUGGAAGCCCUGCAAGAGCACAACAAUAUCCUCUCCUCCAAACUGGAUGACACCCAGAAACAGCUUCACGAGCAACAAUCACAGUCAGCCCAACUGCAGGACGGUUUGGAACAAACCACGCAGCUUUGGCAGGAACGAUCACUGAAGAGCGUACCAAGGCCUAACGAUCGAAAGGCUAGGAAGCAGCUAGCCCAGGGUGAACCGUCCGCCUCCCGAAGACUGUUCGUGCCAACUUCGGCAGAGCACCACCGGGAAUACCAAGUUUACUCCGACUGCCGUGACGGGAACGGCAGACAUCACCGAUUCCCGUCCAAGCAAAACUCAACGAUCGGCAUCUGGACGUACUCGGACCAAAAUCUCCCAUUCGACGGAGGUACGACGUGA